AAAUGGAUGAUUUCUUAGCUCGAUUCCUUUAUCGCGCGCCCUAUAAAUAGAGAAGAAAGAUAUACAGAUUUGAUCAUACUCUAUUAUAUACUAGCUCCCCAAUAUAUAUUUUCUCUAAAGUAAUUAAGAGUACAAGCGAAUUAAAUGGGUUCAAAGGCUUUCGUUUUGCUAGGUCUUGUGUUGGCCAUUAUGCUCCUCAUGAUCUCUUCGGAGGUAGCAGCAAGGGACCUCGCUGAGACUUCCUCUGACCAGGAAAACGCGGAGUUCAACAAAGAUAUUGAUGGAGUCAAUGGGAUAGUCGAUACUGAUGGCAGCUAUGGUGGUGGUCGAGGUAAAUAUGGUGGAAAACGAGGAGGCUGCUACUAUGGUUGUUGUCGUCGGGGUUACUAUGGAAAUAGAUGCAGAAAGUGCUGCUCUUAUGCUGGUGAAGCUAUGCAUGUUGAUGCAGAAACAUAUCCAAGCAGCCAAACCCCGGGCCUUAACUAAAUAUCUAAUAAUUCAGCAGCAUAAUUAAUAUCUCAGUCUAAUUUGCUGCUAAUUAUUAUAUGAUCCGUCGUUGCAACGUCGUAAAAAUAAAGGUGGCAAGGAUAUAUAGAUGUCUAUGAUCAUGUCGACGUCCUAGUCCCGGCCCCUCAUGCUCUAUCUUUUUUAUAUGGUUGUGCUAGCUGCUUCUGCAUGCAGCAUGGUAAUUAACUUCUGCGGACUACGUUUUAUAAUAUAUAAUGUCGAUCGAUCCCGCUGGAAAUCAUCUUCUUUCCCUCCCAUCUCUCUUUUUAAUAUAUACCACCCGUUCCUUAACCAACCUUCCUCGUACUUUUGUAAGUUAUUUGGAAUAAAAGACUAUAUUUCUAAUUA